CUAAUAUCGACUGCAUCCGCUACUGCGUAUGUGUGCUGUGUUAGUGGUUUGCAUUUUGAUGUUACGCUUUUAAGUUCUUAAAAAAAAUACUUGAACAAACGACGAAUAUGCCGAAGUCUAUACCCGAGAGGUGGUUGGAAUACAAACCUUUCGGAAAAACUAUAAGUGGCACAAAAAUUCUACCGUUCAAAGUACCGCUGAAAGAGGUAGUGUGCAAUAACUUGAAGCCAGAAAAUCGAUUUACAAUAUCGAUAUUGGUGGAAGCGUUUCCACGUCUCAAGUAUAUCGUCGACCUCACAAACACAGACCGCUACUAUGACGAAAAGGAAUUCAAAAAUUAUGGUGUGCAAUACGAGAAGAUUAUGGUACGUGGGCGGGAAGUUCCCACCAUGGAUGUGGUGAGAAAAUUCUUUAAAGUGAUGGAUGAUUUUACAGCGGCUUGCGGCGAAGAAGAUAUUAUUGGCGUUCACUGCACGCAUGGUAUAAAUCGUUCUGGCUACCUCAUUUGCAGGUAUCUUGUGCAACAGUUAGGUUGGGAACUUGACAAUUGUUUAAAAGCGUUCGGGGAGGCUCGUGGAUACCCAAUCGAGCGCGAAAUAUAUUUAAACGCGUUGAAGAAGACGCCGCGCGACAAGAAGAUCGAUACGAGCAAAGUCAGUUUGAAGUCGCCCCCGCCGUUGUCGUUCGAGGCGGAGAAGAUGCGUUCGUUGUUCAAGAUGUCGAGGAACCAGUCGGUCCCAAACACGAUGGGCCCGCCGGGAUUUCUGCCUCUGCGACGCGGUUUCGCGAAAAACGGGCCAUAUCCGUUGCCGCGUUUCGGUUUCGGGGGCCCGUCGCAAGAUUUCCGUUCCAUGCCACCGAUUCCACCGCCGCCUGGUUCUCUGCCUAUGUACGGUCCGAGGCCAUUCAGGUACGGACCACCGCUGCGACCAGUUAUGCCUCCGCCGCCGCCUAGGCCAGGAUUCCUCGCCCCGGGUUUUCCCUCUCAGCACGGUCUGAAUCGAACACCGGUCGGAGUUCGGUUACCGCCCGGUCCACCAGCCCGGUUACCACCCCCAAAGAUGCCACCACCGCCUCCACCGCCGUCUGCCGCACCGGGCAGACCCAUUGUCCUAAAACGAAUACACACGCAAAAGAGGAAACAGCACAUGAGAAUCGACAUGGUGACGUCCGUCAGAAACACCAUCAGAUCCGGAUCCCGUCUGAUCAGACGGAACAACCAGAUGAGCAAGGUGUUACCGAAACUGCCCAAAGAGCAGGACUUCACGGUGGACACGUUCGAGGAGAAUUUGCUCGCCGCGUCGAGCCACCGCGCUGGUGGCCAACGAAAAGACGAUUUAAUCAGGACAAGUGACGAUAUGCCGCUCAGGAGGCAUAGUGUUACUUAAACGUACGAUAUUUUAUGUAAAUCGCCGUCGCCGAUGUUCGGAGGAACAUUUCACGGACAACGACGAUCGCUCCGACUAGUACGAUAAUGGACAUUUUUCUGAUUCGAACGAGAAAGAGGAAAUAUAGAUUUGUUGGACGCACUAUAACGAAAUUCCCGAUUUAAUAAACUGUACGUCGACGAUCGGUGAAUCACGGAUCGUCGCGCAUCCUUCACAAUCCAUUUCUCUCUGUACACGUUCCUUAGACGCUAUUCUGAAGAUUACAUGCAUCGUUGACGAGAAAUAAAUGCACCUUGUCGGUAAUCAUAAUUAUAUUUACUUUUGUUUCUUUGGUUUCAUUACUUGGCCGUCGACGGAAGGGAGUAACUAUGGGAUCGCUAACUUCGGUCGCCAAUUUCAAUCAAACUUGUUCCUUUUAUUCUAUUUUCGAUUUGAACGUUUGCAGUUUAUUAUAUUUUUAACACGUUGAUUAAUUCUCGAGACGCGAUUUUAAAAAGUUGGUUAAUCCGAGUGAGAUCGAUGGAUCUUGAUGGAGUUACGAAAGUAAGUACUGUGAAAGGAAUGCUGGUCUGAUUGGUGCCCCACUCUAGUUUACUGUCGUUAGAGUGGGGAUGGGCGGAGCUAGCCAACUUCUCGACAAUUGAUAAUAUAGGUUUUGCACUCCAAAUUAAUCCAGUCAUAGAUAAAAUUCACCCUUUUGCAAAUUAAAUUUUGCUUCAAAUUUUGUCCUCCAUUUUCCAUCGAAAAUCAGUGCCAACCGAUCUGAUAUGUUAUAUAAUUUCUUGGCGACGGGAGGUGUUUCAUUUUUGAUUAGGUUUUUGAAUAGAAAGAUAAUACAUCUUUUUCGAAAGCGAUUUGAAUUAUCAGUACGCAAUUUAAAUAAAAGAACUACGAUAGCAUAAGAUUGUCUCGCGUUAAAACUGUAAAUACGUUCAGCCCGUUCUCCAAACAGUGUUAAGUCGCCUACUUAAUCUUUAACACUAGCAUUGGAAUGAACAGACAGGUAUUCAAAAUAAUUUUAGCUGAAUAUAUUUUUAAAUUCAAAACGUCGCAAUAUUUAUGUAUAUUUCAGGUUGAAAUAUUCUUAACAUGUUUUCGAAUCAUCUGUAAAUAAGUGUUUCCCACUGUUAUGUAGUUAGGAGUUGAAAAAAAUAUAUAAUUCAUGUUGGACGUAUAUUCAAAAACUUCGCGGUGAAUUAACAUUCGGCCAUUUUGCUCGCUACUGAGAAUACAACAGCUCCUCUUAAAUGUAAACCGGCUUUUUUCCAACAGUUUUUGAGGUUUUUUACAUUUUUAUAAUUUAAAUUUUCAAUUAAAAAUUUUUUAAAAAUUCUAUAAAAUGCCUCCGAUUUUUUUCAAAAGUUUUCAGACAAUAGGAUGAGAGAAAUUGGUCAAAAAUGUGAAUUUUUGUGGACAAUUCUCGUUACGAUGGUCGAAAAUCAAAGUUUUGAUUUCGUAUAAAAUUUUACGGGUUUUGGCAAUCAACGUGUUAACAAUAUACAAGGUAUUCGAAAAAAGUUGACGAUUUUCAGGACAGAUAAUACUUUCCUCGAAAGAUACAAGUCCUGAGAAACGUGGGUUGAAAUAUUAAUAUUCCCAAAAUUAUAAAUAAUUUGAUUUAUAUUAUAUGGAAAAUCUUUUGUAAACCCCAACAGAAAAAAUAGUAAGAUUAAUCCGUUGAUUCUGUCGUGAACAGAAAAUUGUUUAUAAUUCCGGGAAUAUUAAUUUUAUCAAGCCAUUUUUAUUAGGACUUUUAACUGUCUUACAAAUCCUGAACUUUUUAUUUAACACUCUGUAUGUACUGUGCAUCGCUGGAAAAAAGGUAAAUGGGACAUUACAGGGAUAAAGUUUUCUAGCCACUAGCAUUCGACCCACGUGACUGCUUCGACCAAUAAUAAACUACGAUAGGGGCGUAACUAAUCCGUUGCAACUAAUCGUGCCUGCAUUCCUUCUAUUCAUCAUCUUUUCAGCUUUGCACAGUACAACGAAAGGUGACUUUCGACUGAUAAAAUCAGAUCGGUGAUUUUACCAAAUAUCGAAACAAGAUUAACACGUUUUAUUGUGGCAUCUGUGGCAGUAUGGACAAGAUUGUUUGCAUCUAGUGUACAUAAUACAAUUCACUUGGUCUACUUUUUCUUUAUUACAAGAUAUCACUUCGAGUAACUAUAAAACUGUAGUAACAGAUAUCAUCUUUCUAAGAAAAAACUCGAAUUAUACGGUGUGCCACAGAAAUCGCUUAAUUCGUGUUUCUUUAAUUUUGUUUUUCAUUUAGAAAAAGUUUAUUGAAAUUGGCAAUUCUGUAGCUGUGAUAUCUCCUUCUGAAUCAUUCCGCGUUGUUGACUUCGGUGUUCGAUUCGGUUUGUUAAAAUUUCUCAUCGAUUAUGUCGUAUUUAAAGAGUAAUAUUGCAAAAAUAUUAUGAAACAGAAUUUGCAUUUCGAGCAACUGUCGACAACUGUAUUUCUGGUUCGUAAAUACGGUGUAAUCGAUGUAAAUGCUCGCGAAUAAAAAUAUAACGAGAAACUGUUUUAUUUGAAAUUGCUAUGAGUAUUAAUACUGUGUGCAAAUUGAAAUAAUUAAUUAAUAUUUAGUGAAAAUAUAAUACGUGUGUACGAAUAAGGGUGAGAAAUACACACUGUUAACAGGAAAUAGUUUAUCAAUCUGCUUUUUUCAUAUAUUCCUCAAUUAAUCCACUAAUACGUAAUUGAAAAUAAUACCAUCAAACUACAGUAUUUCUUUUCAAGUGCUAUUUGGUGUGUACGAAGUCAGUGGUACAUUUUUUUUCAGCAAAAACAGUACCGUUAACCACGAAUUUGUAUUUUUUUGUUGGGUAUCACGAAAUCAAUUCGAACAAGUAUUUAAUCGAUGCGUUUGUGUGCAUACACUUUGAAUUAAUCUGUUAAUACUUGAGAAGCAUAACUAUUUUUUUUAGGGUAAGAAGAAGAAAAGGGCAUGACAUUGUACAAAUUAUUCUUGUCUUGUUUUAUUGUAGCAUUCUUACGACCCCGCCAAAUUUUCUCUCGUGAGGUAUACAGGGUGUUUGAUUUUGAUCUAUAAAUGCGAAUUAUUUCUGAACUUCUAACUGUAUAAAAAAUGGUUUGAAUAUUGAACGACACAGCAUAAUAUAAUUAGUUCUUCAUACAAAGGUGACAUAUAUUUUCUUAAAUAGAAUUCGUAUAAUUUUUUAUGCAUUCGUGGAUGCAGUUCGUUAUUUCCUAGAAUAAAAAGUUAUUUAUGUUGAGAAACUUUCAGUUAAGAAGAUACUUUAAUCUUAAUGUUGCAAAGUGGUACGUUGUGUGACAAAAUUUGUUAGUCUAUUAUAAUAAACAAUAUUAAGAUUAAAAUAUUUGUUAACGUUUGUAUCCAUCAGUGCAUUCAAAAUUAUAUAAUUACGCUAGAUUACGUGGGACAAUCUCAAAAUAAUUUAAUUUUUGUUCGAACUAUUUUUUCCACGGUGGAUAGUUAACGAAUUCGCAUUUAGACCUAAUUAAAAUUCCGUAAAUUUGAUGAUUCAUUUCGUUCUCAAAUUUGAAUAUCACCGAUGUUAUAAUAAUUAGAUAAGUCGAUUUUAAUUAGCUUAUCGAAUCAACGGUGGAUAUUGGAGUUUUUUAUUACCCAUUAUUGUCCCAAAGUUUGUCAUUUUAAUAUUUAUUUCCCACAAAAUUCUAGGAAUAGGUUCGAAAUGAAAAAUAGGGGAACCAAAUGUGUACUGCAUUCACGAAAGAGUUUUUACGCCUUUGAAAUUUACUAUAUAAUUUGUUACAUGUACGAAUGUGAUCGUUGUUAAAUAGUACAUACGAAAACAUAUCUUUUAUAAAAUGUAACAAUUUUAUAUAAAGGUUACUCUAGACGUGGAAUUUCUGUUUCGAAAGUCUUGAGAUCGACUAUAUUUUAUCGAUGUAAGUGAUAAUUUUAACGGCGCCUG